GACAUGCCCCCGCCCGCUCGGCCCAGUGCGCGACUCUGUGAAGUGUGUGGACAGUGAGGACUAGGACUCUACUAUUGUGCUCAAAUAUGACGUCUCAGUUCGCCUUCCGAGGAUCACCCCCUACCCAGAGCACCAUAUCGACAGCCUCCAACAGUCCCCCGCCUGCCGCGGCGGGUAUAAGCGGUUCGGGGGGUGGCGCGGGAGGUUCAUCCCCCGCGGCGCCCGCUCGCUGCUGCGAGACCGGCCGGACGAUAUUCCAGGAUCCCAUCACGGGACAAACCGUGUGCUCGUGCCAGUACGAGUUCCUCAACUACCAGCGCCUGGCGUCGGGGAUGCCGCUGUCGAUGUACAGCGCGCCGUACCCGGACGCGGCGGCCGCCGGCAUGGCCGCCUACUUCCCCGCACUGGCCGCCGACCAACCGCCUUUCUACGCCAACACAGCAGCCGGUAUCGAGCUGAAGGAGAACUUGGCUGCGGGCGCCGCGAGUUGGCCCUACCCCUCAGUGUACCAUCCCUACGAUGCUGCUUUCGCCGGGUAUCCGUUUAAUGGAUAUGGCAUGGAUCUCAACGGCGCAAGAAGAAAAAACGCCACGCGAGAGACGACGAGCACACUCAAGGCCUGGCUCAACGAGCACAAGAAAAAUCCGUAUCCGACGAAAGGGGAGAAAAUUAUGCUGGCCAUCAUCACAAAGAUGACCCUCACACAGGUGUCGACGUGGUUCGCGAACGCCAGACGUCGCCUGAAGAAGGAGAACAAAAUGACUUGGGAACCCAGGAACCGGGUGGACGAUGAAGACAACAAUAACGACGAUGAUGAUCACAAGAGCAAUGAUGGAAAAGAUGCCUUAGAUGGAAAAGAUUCGGGCACGGGAUCGAGCGAGGACGGCGACCGACCCCAGCAGAGGCUGGACCUCCUGGGCCAGCGGACGGAAUCGGAGUGGUCCGAAUCCCGGGCCGACAGCGGACCGGAGUCCCCGGAGCCCUACGACCGACCGAUCCACCCAGCAUUCCAGCACCUCCCGUCUCGAGCCCCGGGCAGCACUCCCGCAUCGGCCAAGCCCAGAAUAUGGUCGCUGGCCGACAUGGCGAGCAAGGAGGGGGAGGCGCCCGCGCCGCCCGCGUCCGCGUCCUUCUACCAGAGCGCAGCGGCGGCGGCGGCGGCGGCGCGGCUGGCGCACCCGUACGGCCGGCCCGAGCUCUACCGCGGCCUGUACCCGCCGCACGCGGCCGACGUCGCGCUGCUCGAGUACUCGCGUUCGCUCGCAAUGGCCGCCCCCCCGCACCACCCCCCCGCGCCUUCGCCCUCCUCCUCCUCCACCUCCUCGCUCGCCGACCCCCCGCCCCCCCGCGCCUGACCGAUAGCGCACCGACAAUAAGCCGCCCCGGCGAAGUGUAAAUAUCAUCCCCUAUAAAUAUAAAUAUAUACGUACGUAUAUAUACGUGAUAAUAAUUUAUGCACCGGUAGAGAAGCUUAGAUAUGUGAUAGUGGAUCAGUCCCCCGACUACCGACAAUACUAGGUGCUAAUUCGGGCGGGACGCUGGAUGCCGCGCCGCGUCGCGUCGCGUGCCGCCGCGGUGGGCGGCGUCGUUUUGAGAAAUAGGUAUUAUUGUGUUAUGUUUCCUAGAUAAACGACACUGUUUUAGACUAUAAUUUGAUGUAGAGUGUAAAUUAUUUUCGAAAUGUUCUCCUUAUAUAUAGUGCCUCAUAACGUCCAUUUUAAUCUCUUUAUUAUUUAAUAGUACCAAAUUAUCUUAUGGUUCGAGUUAUAUCUAUAUUUAUUGAUGCGAGGUCAGUAGGUUCUGACAACUCCGGUCCUCACUGUGUGCACCCUGCGUAGAGUCUAGUCAGGUGACUACAUCCUAACUCGGUAUCGCAGAAUCACAAGAGACAGACUGUCACCUCGUCUUAUUGUUCUUUCUCUCGCAGAGUGUGGUUCAAAUACGGCACUGCUCUGAAAUAAUAUUAUACCUGCGUUAUUUUGAAUCGCUCGAGGUUAGAUUGUGAGGUUUGUCUUCUGUCUCUUUAUUCUGUGGUACAUUUCAACUGUUUAACAACACUUGGAACUAUACAAUAUUAUGUUCGUUUGAAAUAGCUAGUGAGAAGUAGUAUUUAUGUUUGAAAUAUAUUUUACUCAGUUUAUAAAAUAUUUAACGAGUUAAGCUAUAGACGUAACGGAUACUUUUUACAUCAAUUUCUUUUAAAAUGUAGGCUAGAGAUCCCGAAACCCGAACUAAAUAGAUGUAAAUAUGUAAACGGCCCUUAAAUCGUUGUACUUCUAGUAGUAACGUUAACUGUAUUCUGUAACUACGUCAUUCUGAAUAUCGUUACAUGUAAUGAAGCUUAAUUGUUUUGAAUAUAAUUAAAGCCGGUGUAAAAAGUACCUGUGAUAGCUCAUAACAUAACCAAUGGCACCAUCUAUACUGUUAUCGAUUUGUCUCUCUGUUUCAAUUCAUUUCAUCCUAAAUGUGUGGCAGAGCUGUCAGCUAUAUUUUACCAAAUUGUAAUAUUAUGUCAUUCACGCAACAAAAGAAUACACAAUUUGGUCGAGUUUAUUUGUUUUCGUUUAGGUCAAAAUGGAUUAAAACGGAGUAACAUCAGCCUGGUUGCUCUACAUUUCUCGGCCUUGUAUAUUUGUAACUAAAAUGUACAGUAUCCCGUAAUGUUUCGACUUGAAAUAUUUUUGUUCAAUCGUAGAGACUGAAAGUCCGAGUCUUAUUUUGUAAAUACAUCGCUGUUGUAAGUAAACUGUAUUUGAAUAUUUAAUAAAUUGAACGCAAUAAUUUUUUUCUGUAUGUGGCCCCCCGACGUUGGUCCACGAUGGACAUACGAUUGCGAGCCCGUAGAGGCAUAUAUUCGUCUACAAUUGCCCAUCAUCGAUUGUGCAUAUAGAUGACGCAAUCGUGGCAAUCAUGAACCCAUCGUGGUCCAACAUGAAGGCCUUUAGCGAUAAGGCGGAAGACGAAUUAUUGUCACAACGAAGUUUAUGUUAACGCAUAAAUUCUAGUAGAAAAAAAUGUUUAUUUAUUUAUAUUGUAAGAACAUUUUUUUAUCGUAUUAUGUGCGUUGUAUAUUUUGUUAGAUGUCAUAAGCCGGCCCCCUGAAAGGUGUGUGAAUAGAUGCAAUAAAAUUUAAUACAGAAAUA